AUGGGAUUGAUUGCGAGUUGGAUUGACCGCAAAGAUUGUGAAAGUGAUCUGUGGAAACCUUACGAUCCCAUUGAAAUACCAUACAAAUUUGAUUUGAUUUAUCGAGGAAGUCGAGAUGGAUUCACGCCAAAAAUAUUUCACAAAGCAUGCGAUAAUCAGGGACCGACAAUUACUGUGAUAAAGAUCAAGGGGUUGGAUCAAGUUAUUGGCGGAUAUAAUCCGAAAAUCUAUGAUGGGAAGCUUAAAGGCAAUAUUGAAGGUGGUGCUAACGAUGAUAUAGAUAGAGAUGAUACUGUUUGCGAAUUAUUAGGAGAAAAAAAAUAA